AACUAGAAGUGGGAAAAUUACAAAAAUUCAGAAAGUAAAACUUCUGGAUUUAAUGACAAACAACAAGAAGGUGGCAAUGGGAAAUUUUGGCGGUCCAAAUAGCGCCUCGCACAGCCGCAAUGUGGGGGAAGCCGUUGCUGUGGAGCUUAACGCAGCUGGAGGAGCUUGCCAACCAGCCGAGCAGUGGAAAGAGAGUUGGGCCGAAUGGAAGUGCGCAGUAAAAAAACAGCAGGCAGAAAUUAAAAGAUUUCAAAACCGAACCGGCAAUUUGCCUGCGAUCGAAGGACCUGCACCGCUGGAAGAAAUUGACUCUGAAAUUCUACAGUUCUUCCCGUCAGCAAUGGUGGAAGGAGAUGGCAGAACAAAAGAAGCUGGGUUUACAGAAUUGCAAGCAGGAGAAGUCAAUGAGGAGGACGAAGAAAACGAGGUAAAGUCUUUAAUAGACUCUCCAAAUGGGGCUUCUUAUCAUAAGCCAUCGACCUCAUGAACCAAAAAAUAAUGCAUUCAGCAGCUCCUUUGCUGAAAUUAAACAAUAUAUUAAGGAGCAGGAUGAAAAAAAAUGGAAUUUAAUAAAAAGCAAACAAAAUUAUUAACCGAUAUUUUGCAAAGACUUAAGUCAAUCGAUGAAUCAUUGAAACCAGCUGUUUUGAGUAAUUAACGAAUGUAUUUGUUAUUAUAAAUGUACCCUAGCGACCAAAAGUGAGUGCAUGGUGAUUUGUGUUAAAUAUUUGUAUUGUUUUUAUAGCUAGAUUUUUUUUGUUAUUUUUUAUAAAAAUGUUCAUGCUUUAAACAAAACCCCAUCAGUCAAACUGACAAACUUUAUGCAGAAUUUAGGAAAUGUCAACAACUUUUCAUCAACAUUUUUAACUUUUUAAUCUAACUUUUUCAAAAAAUUUUGGGAAUCUAGGUACAUCGGCUAUGAAAUUCUAGUAAAACAAGUGGAAGUUCU